AAAGCUCUUCUUGGCAAAGCGGGGGGUCAGUUUGAAGCUGUACGUGGGACGGAGAAGACAUCCAGCAGCAUGCGUUUCCGAGGCGGUCCGCUUUUGGUUCUUGUGACCAUUGCUUCCUUGUUCUUCUACCUAGGUGAAUGCAUCACAGGUGGGAAUGAAGCAGCGCCCCACUCCAGGCCGUACAUGGCCUCGAUUCAGAAGAACGGCAGGCACGAAUGUGGCGGGUUUCUCGUCAAGGAGCAGUGGCUCAUGAGCGCGGCGCACUGUUUCCGAGAAGGGACAGAGGGCGUUAAGAUCGUUUUAGGGGCACAUUCCCUAAAAGAGCCUGAGCAGUCAAAGCAAGAAUUUACCAUCUCGGAACUCCAUAGUCACCCUGACUUUAACACGGACAACUAUGACAGUGAUAUUGCUCUGGUCAAGCUGGAUCGUCCGGCAGUUCUGAGCGACGCUGUCAAAACCCUGGAGCUCCAGCAGGCGGGUGGGCGGGAGCCUCAGCCCGAAGAAGAGGUCAGCGCAGCCGGCUGGGGCUCCACCAAUAACAGGGGCUCGAGGCCGGACAAACUGCAGGAGGUCUUUGUGGAAGUGAUGUUGCCGACCCUGUGCUGCCGCAGCGACUACUACAGCACCAAGUUCACAGCCAACAUGAUGUGUGCCGCACGGAGACAGAAGGACACCUGUGACGGAGACUCUGGUGGCCCUCUUCUUUACAAAGGGGUGGCUGUAGGCGUGACCUCCAACGGUGGGAAGAAGUGUGGUACUUCACGAAAGCCUGGUGUGUACACAAUCAUAUCCAAAUUCACUGCCUGGAUCAACAAAAUCAUACAAGGGUGAACCAGAGCAGAGGCGAGAAAACUUCAGCCAGCAUCUGACUUGGAACUUAUAUUAUAUGUCCUCAAAUACCUUUAAAAGGCAUGUAUACUCCAAGUAAAACUCAAUAAACCAUGCUUACGCU